AUGGGAUCAUCACUGACGAUUGAAAUUCCUCAGGGAAUCGCUGAUGGUGAUAUGAUAUAUAGCCCAAUCGAUGGUGCAGGGGGAGGAUUUUUUUCAGAAUAUUGGUAUAGCAUUGGUACUGUCGUCCCAGAUCUCUCUCCAAACCCAUAUCCUUUCGAGCUUGCACAGGGUUUUUCUCCUUCAUGGAGUAAUGAGGCUCGACUUCUGGCUGUGGUCCCGCCCGGGUUUGACAUCAUUCGUGAAUACAUCAUUGAUAUUGUGGUAGAAGAACAGCGUAGAGAUGACACAUUCACCUGCACUGUGACUCUGCGAGUAGAGCUCCCAAUAUAUAUUGACGCUCCGCAUAAUGCAACCAUAGGAGAACAUGCAACAGUGCCUCAGACAAUUGCCACCAUAACAGCUACGGAUGCUGACGGAACAGCAAAUGACGUCAAUUUCAAUAUUGUCGGUUCAAAUCCAUUUCAAAUCGGUCCAGUAACAGUUGAUGGGAACACAUCUGUUGCAGAAAUUCAGAAUGUGAACUUACCAGGCUUUGACUACGAAACAGGAACAACCAUUUACGAGCUAUUCAUUGAAGCUGCUGACUCAUCAGGAGCAAAGGGGACGGCUACAUUGACUGUCUACAUUUUAGACGAACCGGAACCAAUGGUAAUAACUAAUUUACCAGACUCGAUCGCGAUAUCGGAAUCUUUAAUUGGAAGUGUAUUUUUAGUUGAGUGGGAUCCACCUGACGAGCCGAUAUGGAUGAUAUCUACCUCACCGGCCAAUGGAUCAUUUAGUAUCAACGCAUCAGGGUCGAUUUAUGUGCUCCCUCCUGGAUUGAACUACCAAGAACAAACUACUUGGGAUGUAACAGUUUUCAUUGGUGAUCAAAACGGUUUUACAGAUAAUAAAAUUUUACAUAUCACGUUGUUGUCUAACGUGGGUCCCGAAAUCACCAAUCUCGACGAUACUGUACAGAUUAGUGAAAUGAGUGCAGGAGGAAUGGAUAUCUUUGCUGUGCAAGCUGCGGAUAAUGAAGGAGAUGACUUUUUCUGUGUCAUGUUUUCUAAUCCGAACGAUGGUAAUUUUGGGUUUAACUCCUCAACUAAUGCCAUCUACAUGAUCAACUCACCUUAUCUGGACUUCGAAACAGUAGAUGAAUAUACCCUAAGCGUAACGUGUCGGGAUAUAGGCCCUGCAAACUCCAUGACUGGCACACCUAAAGUACUAACUGUUCAAAUCACUGACGAGAAUGAAGCACUGAUAAUAUCUAACCUACCAGCAACGGUAAAAGUACCCGAAGACGUCAUACAUUCGGUAUCUAUAUUCGAAGCUGAUGGUAUUGAUGUGGACGGCAAUGCUCUAAAUUUUACUCUAACAACAGUAACACCUGCCUCCGGUCAGGGGAAGUUCUCUGUAGCAGACUCAAAUGGGAAUGAUGGUACCGUAUUUAUAUCCAAUAAUCCUGUGUUCAACUUUGAGGAUGUGAAUCAAUAUACUCUCGUAUUGGAAGCCACUGAUGGGGAAUUCACUGCAACGGGUACCCUGACUGUUGAUAUUGUGGAUAUAGCAGAACCACCAGUAUUUAUGAAUGAUAACCAGGAUGUAUAUAUUGACGAAGAACAGGUUGUUGGAACAUUAAUACCUCUGAACUGGGCAGCCACCGACGUGGACGAUGCGUUAACUGACUUAGUUUUCAAUAUGGUUAUUGGAACCUAUUCUCCCUACUUCAGCUUAUCAGGUGGACUCAACCCAGAAUUACGCAUUGCACAAACUAUGGAUUAUGAAGCCUCGUUUCCAAUCCCAUUUUCAGUAAUGUUUACUGUCACCGACCCAAAAGGAAUGCAAGAUUAUUUACGAGUUAAUGUCUUCCUUCAGAAUAUUUAUGACAAUUCACCAAUGUUCACCCAGGCAGUAUACUCUGCAAAUGUGUUUGAUAGGGAAUCACAGGGAAGUCCUGUACUACAGGUUCUGGCAACGGAUGUAGAUCUGUUUGACAUCGUUACGUACACCAUACAGCCAGCAAAUGCAUAUUUUGUUAUUGACGCCCAUGUCGGUGAGGUGACUGUAAACCAACCCAUUAACUCAUCAAUCAGUGGGGAUGUCAUUAACUUUACACUGGUUGCUACCGAUCUGGGGUCGAAUCAAGACACAGCUUUUGUUCAGGUUACCAUCAAUGAAGUCGACGCUAUUUUUGUGACUAUUAAUAGCAACGAACGUCCUUAUUGGAAUUGGGAGGUGCCUUAG